GCACUGCUGUAAGAAAUCAACGAUAAACGGCGAUAAUGUUGAUAAACAGACAAAACAAUUUAAUCGAAUGAAAAAAAUAAACUUACCCCAUUCAAAACGGUGCAAAUUCAUGUGAGGGUUGCCACGCCAGUCAGUGUGGAUGUUGUGUCUAGCGUAGUGUUUCCUGCCUGGUGAAGAAGACCCAGUUCUUGCACAGCGAGUAUUUGCUGGGGCUGGUAUUUAUUGCCUGUAUUCCUGGUUCAAGCCGCAAAGAUCCAGAUAUUAAAAUGGAUUGCAGUAUGUGCCGAUUGUGAAAAGAAAACUAGUGUGAAUGUUGAUUUUCCAUAUUUUGUGAAGUGUGUUACACAGUACUGAGGUAGUCGCGUCCAAGAAAAGAAAGUGUUUUGUAAAAAGCGAAGAAACAUGUGCAUGAAAGUCACGCAGCUGCAGUGGCCUAGCGGUACAACCACCGCUGGUUGUUGCGUAUAACCGAGGCGUGAUGUGUAAUUAGAUAAAGAAAGCCUUACUCGAGCUGAAACCAAUUGAUAAACAAACCAACUACAUACACGUGACUUGAUGAGGUGUCAACUGGUAAAGCAUAUAAGCAAGUGGUGAUUCAUAGAUCGCAACACUCUAAGCGUACGACCGGCGUACAACUUCCACUAGUCAGAUGCUAGCAGUGCUCGUUCAGUGCAAGUGUUCAAGUGUUUUAAAUUGUCAGCGUGAAGCAAUUGGAGGCAUUAUGGCUUACGUAAGAGUGUUUGAAAAUUUGUUUGUGUCCUCGGAACUAUUCAUCCAGCAAUUUUUAUCAGUGGCCAUGCAAUGUGAUCAUAAAAGGCACCAUCAGCACCAUUAUUGAGGGAAUGUGAGUGAUUGAGUCCGCACGGGUUUAUACAAGAAACGGCAUUUUUAUGACUCGUGGCAGCCUUUCUGUCGCCACGAUUAGAACUGGCAUCCUGUCCUCCGUGUUCUUCUUCAAAAGCCCGAACGGGAGCAGUGAUCAUUAAAGGCUCUUGUAUUGUAGUAGGUGUAGUGUGUCACUGCUUAUGUUGCAGAAGAGGAAUCGCCACCCAGUAAGUUCGAAAUAUGCAACAGGCGCUACAUUCCUUCAAUGGAUUUGUCAACAGGAUCCGGAGGAGCCAUUACAUUCCGCAGUUCUGCGGGAAGACGAAUGCCAAGGCGAGUCAACGAAAUGACGACGAUGCCACGACGUCCGGGGUGACGUUAGAUGAUACCGAUAAGCGUGUGAUAUCGUUGAAGCAAAAUCAACAGCAAAAGUACUGCAACAAUCAUAUCUCGACGGCAAAAUAUAGCGCAAUAACUUUUAUACCAUCGUUUUUGUUCGAGCAGUUCCGGCGGUAUUCGAACUGCUUUUUCCUGUUCAUCGCACUGCUGCAGCAAAUUCCGGACGUUUCGCCAACCGGACGAUACACUACCCUCGUGCCGUUGUUAUUCAUCCUUUCGGUGAGCGCCAUCAAAGAGAUCGUCGAAGACUUCAAGCGACACCGAGCCGACGAUGAGAUCAACCAUCGUGAGAUCGAAACCCUUAAGGAUGGCCAGUGGCAAUGGAUGAAGUGGAAAGAGCUGUCGGUCGGCGACAUCGUCAAAGUGCAGAACAACACGUUCUUCCCGGCCGACCUGGUGCAGCUGUCGUCGAGCGAACCGCAGGGCAUAUCAUUCAUCGAGACGUCCAACCUGGACGGCGAAACGAAUCUCAAGAUUCGUCAGGGUGUUGCCGCCACAAUCAAAAUCCUCGAAACCAAAGAUUUUAUCCAGUUUUCCGGUACGCUGGAGAGCGAACCACCUAAUCGGCAUUUAUACGAGUUCAACGGAGUGCUAAAAGAAAGCGGGAAGCCUGCCGUAGCUCUCGGUCCAGAUCAACUUCUGCUGCGUGGUGCAAUGCUCCGCAACACCUCGUGGAUAUUCGGAAUCGUCAUCUAUACCGGACACGAUACGAAACUUAUGCGAAACUCUACCUCAGCGCCUCUGAAGCGCUCAACUGUUGACAGACUGACAAACACGCAAAUUUUAAUGUUAUUUUUCAUUCUAAUUUUCCUUUGCAUCGUUAGUUGCAUAUUCAAUCAAAUCUGGACAAAAGACCAUUACAAAACCGAUUGGUACUUAGGCAUAAGUGAUCUAUUAAGUAAAAACUUCGCCAAUAAUCUGCUUACGUUCAUAAUUUUGUACAACAACUUAAUUCCGAUAUCACUUCAAGUUACGUUAGAACUAGUUAGGUUUCUGCAGGCAAUCUUCAUCAACAUGGACAUUGACAUGUACCACGAGGAAUCGAACACCCCGGCCAUGGCUCGGACGUCCAAUCUGAAUGAGGAACUCGGUAUGGUCAAGUACAUCUUUUCGGACAAAACAGGCACUUUGACGCGUAAUGUUAUGGAGUUCAAGAAGUGCUCGGUCGCUCGAACGAUAUACACGCCGGAGGAGAAUCCCGCCCAGUCGCAGCUAGUGCAGCACAUAAUGAACAAUCACCAUACGGCUGCCAUUCUGCGCGAGUUCCUAACGCUGAUGGCCAUUUGCCACACGGUGAUACCGGAAAAGAGCGACAACGAUAAUAUCCAUUAUCACGCGGCCAGUCCGGACGAGCGAGCCUUAGUGUACGGUGCGAAAAGAUUCGGGUAUGUGUUUCACACGCGUACCCCGUCAUAUGUGGAGAUUGAAGCCCUCGGGGUUCACGAACGGUUCGAAAUUCUGAAUGUGCUAGAGUUCACAUCUACUCGGAAACGAAUGUCGGUCAUUGCCAAAAAUUCCAAAGGGGAAAUCAAACUGUACUGCAAAGGUGCAGAUACGGUGAUCUACGAACGGUUAGCCCCCAACGGGCAAGCGUAUCGCGAAGCUACGCUCCAACAUCUGGAAGAGUUUGCCACCGAAGGUUUGCGGACCUUGUGCUGUGCGGUGGCCGUAAUCCCCGAUGAUGUCUACGAUGAUUGGAAGCACACGUACCACAAAGCGUCAACUUCAUUGCAGUACCGCGAGCAGAAGGUAGAGGACGCGGCCAACCUAAUAGAAACGAAUCUGAUACUGCUCGGUGCGACGGCCAUCGAGGACAAACUACAGGACGGUGUACCUGAAACGAUCGCUUCGCUGAUCGAAGCCAAUAUCAAUGUAUGGGUUCUGACGGGUGAUAAGCAGGAAACUGCAAUCAACAUAGGCUAUUCGUGCAAACUGCUAUCGCACGGCAUGGACUUAAUAAUAUUAAACGAAGAUAGUUUAGAUAGUACGAGGAACUGCCUCCAAAGGCAUAUAGCUGAAUUUGGAGACCAGCUACGAAAGGAGAACAACGUCGCACUGAUAGUGGACGGAAAAACGUUGAAAUACGCACUGAGCUGUGAUUUGAGGACCGAUUUCCUGGACCUGUGCAUUUCCUGCAAGGCCGUUAUCUGCUGCCGGGUGUCACCGAUCCAGAAAGCUGACGUGGUAGAUUUGGUUACUACCAACACAAAGUCGGUCACACUGGCCAUCGGUGACGGUGCCAACGAUGUGGCUAUGAUUCAGAAGGCCCACGUCGGAGUGGGGAUUUCUGGCGUGGAAGGACUGCAGGCCGCUUGUGCGUCCGACUACUCGAUAGCGCAGUUCAGUUAUUUGCGGAAGUUGCUUCUCGUGCACGGAGCGUGGAACUACAGCCGGAUGUGCAAGCUGAUUUCGUACAGCUUUUACAAAAACAUCUGCCUCUAUGUGAUAGAACUGUGGUUUGCUAUCUACUCUGGAUGGUCUGGCCAAAUUUUAUUCGAACGAUGGACAAUCGGUUUGUACAAUGUGUUCUUCACUGCGUUGCCACCCUUUGCUAUGGGUCUUUUCGAUAAGGUGACAUCCGCGGAGCAAAUGUUGAAAGAACCAAGGCUCUACGAACCAUCUCAAAGUGCAAAGCUGUUUAACGUAAAAGUAUUUUGGUAUUGGAUUGCCAACGCCCUGGUCCACUCGAUGAUCCUGUACUGGCUGCCAAUGUGGUCAUACCAAGGCGACGUGAUAUGGGGGAAUGGUCGCGACGGCGGUUAUCUAGUGUUAGGAAAUAUAGUUUAUACUUAUGUAGUUGUUACGGUGUGUCUAAAAGCAGGUCUGGUGACGAACUCCUGGACUUGGCUAACGCAUUGCUCCAUUUGGGGCUCGAUGGUGCUAUGGUUUAUGUUUAUAUUUAUUUACAGUAAUAUUUGGCCAACGUUACCGGUGGGAGCGGUAUUCACCGGUAUGGAUGAUAUGAUUUUCUCAUCGCCCGCGUUUUGGUUGGGUCUGUUCCUGAUACCAAUUACAGCGCUACUGCCCGAUGUUGUAGUCAAAGUGUAUCGAAACCGAAAUCAAAGUAAUGCAACACCCCACCCCAUCAAGGAAUCGCGAUCUUCAUGGUUUCGCCUUCUCGCAGGAGGAGGGUGGCAACGUGACGCAAACCGACGUCAUCAGAGCCUACGACACCAAUCUGCCCAAACCGGAUGGGAACUGAGAGUGCCCACUCGAUUUCUGCUACGAAAACUAUUUUACCGUGUGCUAAAGCGGAAACGCAAACGUCACCACCACCCCAAUUAUUUGUACUACCAUCGUCGUCCGAGCAGGAGUCUACUUCAUGUGGCCUGAUCAGGUGUGUCACAAGUGUGCCAACUGGCAGCACUGCUGGGAGGGGAAAACGGGAGACAGUUUGCGAAUAUGUAUUUGUAUAGUAAACCACAGAGAACAGACCUCCGAGCUGGAACAUUUUUUUCGAGAACCUGUGUAAGGAUUCAGUUUGGAAGCACGUGCACCGCCGCGCCAUCACCGAACGCGGAAAACUAGAUAGAUUCGUCGGGUCCAAAAAAUCAGUCGAUCUUACCGACUUUUUAAUUGAGCUGGGCCCAAUUUUCAAAGGAUUAUGGAAAUUCCACAUAAGUGAAAUUCACCACUGAUUUUAAUCAUGUAACGACAUUUGUGGUAAGCUUCUGUGAACCAGCAUAGGGCUAAAACUUCAUUGAUUGAAAAAUGGUCACAUGGUGGAUUUGACUGCGAUCAAUCAAACAAAAUUAAUAUUAACUGAGGCUCCGCAAAGUGUCACACACGACUGAGCCUACCAAAUAAAUGAAAUGGUUAGAAAUAUUAACUGAAAAUCAGUGAACAUUUUUGAAUUAACUCUCGAUAUAGUAAUUGGCAUGGAUAUAAUAAUUACGUGAUGGCAGCACUGCUUAAAAAACAUUCUAUUGUAUCCGAUAGAUUUCUUACACAUUUGAAACUCGAACUCGAUGUCUGUUCUAUAUGGUACAAUAAAAUCACUAUCAUUUAAUGUAUGUCUACAGUUUUGUCAAAAUAUAAAUAGUUUAACAAGUAAGUGGCCAGGGUAUAUUUAUACUACAGAAAAAUUGAGAUUAUUUAUUUUAUGUAGCAAUAUUUAUAGUCUAACAGGUGUAAUAGUUCUCUAAGUUGCCGAGAAAACUUUCGGUGGUGUUGGUAAUGAAACUAAUAUGAGCAAAACCAGUAAUAUCAAGAAAAAGUAUUAUUUUUGUACCAAAAAGAAUACAAACAAAUCAACUAUACAAACUAAAAAUGCUUUUGUAAUUAUUCUAGCAAGUCGUUUUCUUGAAUUUUCUUUUAUUUAUAUGUUUCUUGUAAACAUCGACUGGCAACUUUUCUACUUUAAAUACUUUAUUUCUCUACGAAAACAAGUUAACAUUGGUCAAAUCGUCAAAAGAAAGGUAAAUCAUUCUAGUUAGAUAGAAAGAUUUCUAUAUUCUAAUAGCAACUUUUACUCGAAACCAGCCCAGAAAUGAAAAAAUCCGAAACGUAAUAUAAGAAUUUGUUCGCGCCUUGACAGCAGGAAACAACUAUCUGACUAAAAAUUGGAAAAUAUAUUAAGAAUAUAAG